AACUGGUUUCUCUUGUUUCUUGUGUGUUGAUCUCUCACUGAGUGUUUCUGUUUUUCCUCUCAGACUUCAGAUCAGAACAUGGACGUGUGUUUAGAGGAGGACAGAGCAGAGUCUCCUGAACCCAGGUGUGUGUCUCUGAAGUCCAUCCAUCCUCCUAUGAACUUCAAGAAUGAACCUUCACCUUCAGACAUAAAAGUUCAGUGGAGCAGACAGAGAGCAGAGUCUCCUGUACCCAGCUGUGUGUCCCUGAAGAGUGAUCUGUCCAAAGAUUCUCCUCCAGACUUCAGUAAAGAACCUGGACCCUCAGACACAAAAGUUCAGUGGAGCAGACAGAGAGCAGAGUCUCCUGUACCCAGCUGUGUGUCUCUGAAGAGUGAUCUGUCCAAAUAUCCUCCUCCAGACUUCAGUAAAGAACCUGAACCCUCAGACACAAAGGGGACGAAGAGGACUCAUGUUAUAGAGGAUCAGCCAUCCUGUCCUGUGUGUCAGGAUGUCCUGAAGGAUCCCGUCUCUACCAGCUGUGGACACUGGUUCUGCAGACAGUGCAUCACCUCAUACUGGGACCAGUCUGGUUCACCAGGAGACUCGUCCUGUCCUCAGUGUGGAGAAAGAUCCAGAACAGGACCUGGACUGCAGUCAGCCAGUCAGAGCAGCACUGAACAAAUAGAUAGAGGUCUGCAGGAGGUUUUAGAUGAACAUAAGGUCAGUCUGAGGAGGAGAUGUGAACAUGUGACUGAAGGAAGUGAUGAAACAGGAAGUAGAACCCUCCUCAACAUGAUCUACACUGAGCUCUACAUCACAGAGGGACAGUGUGAAGAGGUGAACACCCAACAUGAGGUGAGACAGAUUGAGACAGACUCUAAAAAGAAGACCCUCCAUGAGACUCCAAUCAAGUGCCAGGACAUCUUUAAAACAGAAGCUCAACCCGACCAACAGAAACCCAUCAGAGUGGUUCUGACAAAUGGCGUCGCUGGUGUUGGAAAAACCUUCUCUGUGCAGAAGUUCACUCUGGACUGGGCAGAGGGCUCAGAGAACCAAGACCUCAGUCUGGUGAUCCUGCUUUCUUUUAGGGAGCUGAACUUGAUCAGAGAGAAGAGGUACAGUCUUCUUGAGCUGCUCCAUGUUUUCCAUCCAACAUUACAAAAGGUCACAGCAGAGACGCUCGCUGUCUGUAAACUGUUGUUCAUCUUUGAUGGCCUGGAUGAAAGCAGACUGUCAUUGGACUUCAAAAACAGGAAGGUUGUGUCUGAUGUCACACAGAAUUCAUCGUUAAACACACUGUUCACAAACCUCAUCAAGGGGAAUCUGCUCCCCUCAGCUCUCAUCUGGAUAACUUCUCGACCUGCAGCUGCCAAUCAGAUCCCGCCUUCAUGUGUUGACAGGUUAACAGAAGUACGAGGUUUCACUGAUGCCCAGAAGGAGGAGUACUUCAGGAGGAGGUUCGGUGAUGAUGAAGAUCUAUCCAGCAGAAUCAUCUCACACAUCAAGACAUCCAGGAGCCUCCACAUCAUGUGUCUGAUCCCGGUCUUCUGCUGGAUCACUGCCACAGUUCUGGAGCACAUGAUGAGCACAGAGCAGAGAGGAGAGCUGCCCAAGACCCUGACUGACAUGUACUCACACUUCCUGCUGGUUCAGACAAAGAGGAAGAAGCACAAGUAUGGUGAGGAACAUCAGAUGAGUCCACAUGAGCUGAUGGAGGCCGACAGAGAAGUUCUUCUUAAGCUGGGGAGGCUGGCGUUUGAACAUCUGGAGAAAGGAAACAUCAUGUUCUACCAAGAAGACCUAGAGCACUGUGCUCUGGAUGUCACAGAGGCCUCGGUGUACUCAGGAGUUUGUACAGAGAUCUUUAAAACAGAGUGUGUGAUCCUGCAGAAAACAGUCUACUGCUUUGUUCAUCUGAGCGUUCAGGAGUUUCUGGCUGCAGUCUACAUGUUCCACUGUUUCACCAACCGGAACACAACAGUUCUGAAGGCUUUUCUGGAGCAAAUAAACAGUGAACAAGACGAUGACGACAAAGGCGGCAACAGCGAUGACAAGGAAGACGGCGAUGAAGGUGAUGACGAAGGUGACAACGACAAAGGCGAUGAUGAAGGGGAUGACGAAGGCGACGACCAUGAAGGCGACCAUGAAGGUGAUCAUGAAGGCGAUGAUGGUGUCGGCGCUGACAUCACUUCUUUAAAAGUCUUUCUGAGUAGAGCCAUGGAGAAAUCCCUGGAAAGUAAGAACGGUCACCUGGAUCUGUUUGUUCGCUUCCUUCAUGGUCUUUCUCUGGAGUCAAACCAGAGACUCUUAGGAGGCCUGCUGGGUCAGACAGACAACAGUCCAGAAAUGAUCCAGAUAGUCAUCAACAACCUGAAGGAUAUGAACAGUUAUGGUAUCUCACCUGACAGAAGCAUCAACAUCUUCCACUGUCUGAUGGAGAUCAACGACCUCUCAGUCAAUCAGGAGAUCCAAGAGUACCUGAAGUCAGAGAACAGAUCAAAGAAGAGAAUCUCUGAGAUCCACUGCUCUGCUCUGGCCUACAUGCUGCAGAUGUCUGAGGAGGUUCUGGAUGAGUUGGACCUGAAGAAGCACAACACAUCAGACCAGGGACGAUUGAGACUGAUUCCAGCUGUGAGGAACUGCAGGAAGGCAGAACUUUCUGACUGUGGACUCUCAGAGGCUCACUGUGACAUCGUGGCCUCAGCUCUGAAGUCCAACCUCUCCCAUCUCAGAGAGCUGGACCUGAGUCAGAACUACCUGCAGGAUUCAGGAGUGAAGCUGCUGUGUGAGGGACUGCAGAGUCCAAACUGCAGACUGGAAACUCUGAGAUUGAAGGGCUGCAGUUUGUCAGAGAUCAGCUGUUCUUCUCUGGCCUCAGCUCUGAAGUCCAACGCCUCCCAUCUCAGAGAGCUGCACCUGAGUAACAACAAGCUGCAGGAUUCAGGAGUGAAGCUGCUGUGUGAUUAUCUGCAGAGUCCAAACUGCAGACUGGAGACUCUGAGAUUGAUUCGCUGCAGUUUGUCAGAGAUCAGCUGUUCUUCUCUGGCCUCAGCUCUGAAGUCCAACCCUUCCCAUCUUAGAGAGCUGGACCUGGACUACAACUACAAGCUGCAGGAUUCAGGAGUGAAGCUGCUGCGUGAUCUUGAGAAGAAUCCAAACUAUCGACUGGAGACUCUGAGAUGGGGAGGAUCUCUGUCAUAAUGUGAGCUGUGUCCUGAUGAUCCACAGAGGAUGAAGCAGCAGCUUCACUGUCACACUCAAAGUUGAGUCCAGCAUUAACCCUGAGUGUUCCUCCUGAUGUUACAGAGUAUCAUCAGAGUUCAUGGACUGCUCUGCUGCUGCUUUGUCAUGCUACACUCUCUGCAGACACACUGAGACUCCUCCACACUCGACCACCUCCUCCACCAGGAACCUGGUUUCAUUUGGUCUUUUUUUCUUUUUCUUUACAAUCUCUGAAAACAAACCAAUUUGUGACCACAAAGUUCUAUUAAUUAGAAUUAUACAUUAAAAGACGAAAGUUAAUAUAUAGAUUUAUUUUCGGAGAGUCAACAAUAUCCCUAAUUGAUUAAUUAGUGCACACUCUGCUCGCUCUGCCUCUCCCGUUCCUGUUAAGUGAACUCAGAAAUUAAAGAGCUUGUGAAUGAAGUAAAGGAUAAAUUGGACAUAUCAGUUGCCUUGCUUUCUGGACCCAUUUUUUUUUACAGCCCAGCAGCCCGGAUUGGGUAUCGCUGGAGCUGAACUAAUGCCAGGAUGUCUCCCUUCCAGCACUCAUUGGUUCACAAAUCUGUUAGUCGCUACCAUAAUAAAUAGGUAACCCGGUUGUAUGUCACUUCCUCAAAAUUUGAGCCAAGUUUAGGAAGGGGUUUGGUCACAGCGACUUUUCCCUCCUGAGUCCAGUCGCCUCCAAUCAUCUUUUCAUCCCCUCGCAAUUUGACAAAACUUUUAAUAUUUGGCACAGGAAAGGUAUCAAGUGUUUUAAAGACAUGUUUCAAGAUAAAUGCUUUGUUUCUUUUAAUCAACUAUCUGAGAAAUACCAAAAACACAUUUCUCGAUAUAUGCAGGCCCGACUGUAUAUUCGUUCAAAGCUACUUUGUUUCCCUUCAGAACCUGGCACCAACCCUGUUUUCGCUUUUCUUUCCUUUAACCCACUGUUUAGAGAUGCACUGUCCAAAUUGUAUAGUAACAUCUCAAUGCUGACAUGUUCACCUCUGGACAAGAUUAGGGCAGCAUGGAAACCAGACUUAGGACAUAGAUCUGAUGAUCAGUGGGACUCUGCUCUUCUAUCAAACACCGAAGUCUUCACUCUGCGCAAGACAUUGCCUACUGCAAUUUAAGUGGGUCCAUAGGGCCCACAUGUCUAAGGUCAAGUUAGCUAGCAUCUACCCUUGUAUAACUCCCACCUGCGAUAAAUGCAAAAACGGUGAUGCUACUCCGAUCCACAUGUAGUUGCUUUAUACUCGCCUACAACAAUACUGGACAGCUGUCUUCUAUACUCUACUAUCUAUACUAUACUAUCUAAAAUAUUAGAUAAGACUAUAGACCCAGACCCUAUUGUCGCUUUGUUUGGCAUUGCUGACCAACACCUGACAUCUGCUGAGCACAGUGUGGUUGUCUUUGCUCUGCUCUUGGCUAGGUGUGCAUCUUGCUUAAGUGGAAGGAUGCUUCCUCGCCCACUCUUGGCCAAUGGCUUCGGGAUGUAAUGUCCUGUCUCAAACUGAGGUGCUAUACUUUUCUGUCUGUGGUUCUGAGAAAAAGUUUUUUAAGACCUGGGAACCCUUCGUAUCCUACUUCCUUAACAACAAAACCUCAUUAGCUUGACACAAACCUGAAAUACUAGUCUUUGUGCCUUUGUUAUUAUCCAGGAAAUGUAUGUGGGAUGAUGGGUGGGUGGAUGGGGGGGGAAGGGUUUUUGUACUACAUCCGCUAUUACUGUUACUGCCACAGGAUUCUGUUUAUUUUUAUUGCUGUACCUUACUGUAUACUAUGUGGUAAUGUGUAAUGUGCCUGCCCAACCCUCUUUUUGUUUGUUUAAUGUUAUUGUUUCUAAAACUCAAUAAAAAUAUUUUGAAAAGAAAGAAACAUCAACCUGUGCUGUGUUGUAAGAAGUGCAGCUCUUUGUACCUGAUGUAAUCUGGUAAUCACGUUGGUUUUGAUCACUUUGAUACAUCACUUAAUUAACAACAAGCU